UCUCUAAACCUAAAACAACCUUCUGUUUCAUAAAAUGUCUAUACUUGUGAAGCAAACAAAUAAUCCUAUUGAAAAGGAAUGGAUCAAUUGGCUCAAUGAAGCUAUUAAAAAUGAUCAUAUAAAAUACUAUGAAUAUGAACAAUUUGAUAAAAUUAAACUAAUUGGUUCUGGUGCAUUUAGUGAUGUAUAUCGAGCAAAAUGGAAACAUACUGAAAAAGUUUUUGCAUUGAAGGCAUUUAAAAAUAAAGGUCAACAAAAUAUAGCUUUUAAAGAAAUUAUUAAUGAGCUUAAAUUACAACGUAAAGUCGAUUUUCAUGAAAAUAUUAUACGAUUCUUGGGAAUUUCUAUUUGGAAUGAAGAUUACGUGAUGGUGAUGGAAUGUGCUGUAGAUGGAAAUCUUCGAGAUUAUUUGGAAAAGAAUACCCUUACCUGGAAUAAGAAAAUUAAGUUGGCGUAUCAGUUAGCUAGUGCUGUUUCGUGUCUGCAUGAUGAAGGAAUCGUGCAUCGUGAUCUGCAUUCUAAUAAUAUAUUGAUUAAUCGACGUAAAAUCAAAAUAGCUGAUUUUGGAUUAUCAAAAAUAAUCAAAGAAUCUAAUGAUCCAUUAAAUAUAAUUGGUGUAAUUCCUUAUAUGGAUCCCGUAAUGUUUAAUAAUUUAAAAUCCGAGUUAAAUGAUUCAGUGUACUAUUUAGAUGAAAGGAGCGACGUUUAUAGUGUUGGCGUGUUACUAUGGGAAAUAUAUAGUGGCCAACCUCCAUUUCAUGGUAGACCAUACGAUAAUGAAUUGGCUUUACAAAUUCUAGAUGGUCUUAGAGAAGCACAUAUUCCAAAUACACCAGUGGGUUAUCUUCGUCUUUAUUCAAAAUGUUGGGAUGGUGAUCCAUAUAAGAGACCGCAUAUUGGACAAGUAGCUCAAAUAUUAAAGGCAUUAAUUCCAGAAAAUGAUCAAAACCAUAAAUCAAGUAAAGAUAAAGAUGAUAUAAAUUACAAAUUUUUUGAUGAAGAUCUACUAGAUCUACAAAUUUCUGAUUCAGAUCUUACUUCAGAUACGGUAGAUCUAAAAAUUUCAGAUAAAAUUAGUAUGAUUAUAGAUUUGUUCAUUGAUAUAACAAAUGAAGGAAAAACUCGUGAUCAGCGUCGUCCAGUCCUCGAUAAUUAUUUAUUAAAAAAUAAUAUCACCUUUGAAGAAGUUUACGAAUGGUUAAAUAAUAACCCAGCAACUGAUUUAAAUUAUAUACAUAAUGUAGGAUAUAACGAAAUAGUAGAUCCAAAUUAUAUAUUUUUUUUAGGAUAUUUGAAUUUUUCAGGAAUAGGCACAACGUUAAAUCCUGAUGCUGCAUUUAAAUAUUUUGAGAAGGCAUCAUCACCACCUUAUCAACAUUCAACUGCUCAAUAUUAUUUUGGAAUUUGUUACGAAUAUGGAAUAGGAACUAAAGAGAAUAAGUCGAACGCCUUUUAUUGGUAUCGGCAGGCAGCACAUAAUGGACAUGCAAUUGCACAAUAUUAUAUGGGAAAUUUUUUUCAAUUUGGAGUUGAUAAACAUUAUAAUAGAGCUUUUUAUUAUUAUGAUUUAAGUACCAAAGGCGGAUUUUCUUUUGGUUUAAAUAUGUUAGGUUAUUGUUAUUCAGAAGGAAUCGGAACUUUUAUUGAUAAGAGAAGGGCCUUUAAUUUGUAUUUUAAAGCUGCUAACAUGGAUAAUAUUAUCGCUCAAUAUAAUGUUGCUGUUUGUUUUGAUGAAGGUUUUGGUACAAAUAAGGAUUUUACAAAAGCUAAAGAGUGGUAUAAAAAAUCUGCAAAUAAAGGUUAUGAUAGAGCGAGAAAAAAAUUAGAUGAAUUAUCAAUUCUGAAAUCUGAAGAAGAGGAAAUUGGUAAGUAGCAUAAUUUAUUUGUUUAGUAAUUUAUAUAAUCAAAUACCCAUUAUUAAUUAUUAUUUAUUUCAAACAAUCAUUAUUGAAAAAAUAGAAACUCAACAACAAAUAAUACAACAUUGGAAUUUAAAUCGUGGUUUAUCUUUAGAUGGAUCUAGUAUACAACCAAGUAAAGAACCUGUUCUUGGUGAGGAUGGUGAAUUAGAUAUAAACGUAUAUAAAGGAGAACCUAUUGUUUAUACAAAUAUAAAUGAACCUGAUAAGUCAAAUUUACUUUCAUUUAACAAUAAAA